GCUGUUCGACGCGCUCCCUGCUGCAUGCUCAAGCGCGUGCGUGUGCGCGCGCACGCACAGUGUGUGUUGGCUGCGCUGCGCCAUGGCCGCCGUGAGCAUCACGGAGCCUCUCUGCAAACCCACAGUGUAUGACGGCAGAUUCAGAGUGGAGCUGCAUGUGAAAAAGCCCCUGAUGCCCAUCCACUUGAGCAAGAAGCAGGUGCGACUGGAGAUGCUGUGUCUCUGCAGCCAGCUGGACCUUCUCAUUAGGGCUCAGUUUCAAGAGCAGCUCAAACAAGAUUGCAGCCCCGUGGAGUCGGACGCUUUCCGCCGAGAAGCUGCUGAGGUCAUGGAGAAGAUGAUCCUUUGCCUGGAACACCUACCUGAGCCUGUUCCUCAGCUGGAGGACUACCUGGAUGCAGUGGGACUGUCGACCAUGUUCCCACGGGUGGAGGUCUUCAUUAUCCAUGGAAGUCCAGUGGACAUGCUGGAAAAGCCUGUCAUGGACGAUUAUUUUCCACACAUCGGGAAGCUGAACCAGUUGCUCGUUCUCAGCCAGCAGCUUGAGGACGAUGUGCAGCACCUGGGGAGUCAUAAGUACAUCGCCCAUCAGCUGUCCGUCAUUUACCACGUUCUCAGCUCCUUCAAAGGCAUCUUGCCAUUAUCAGUUUUGAAGAGGGACAUUGAGGCCAACUUCAAAAAUCUGAAAAUGGCUCUUGUGACGGAAGAAGGUUCAAAGCAGGAGCCCCAGUUACCAGCACACUAUGCGAACUGGAUACUAGAUGUGACUCAUGGCAUUAUAUCCACUGUGUCCACACUGCCUGAAGAACUGACCCAAGACCUCAGCCUAGCCAUGGGUUUUGUGUCCAACCUCACCUGACCAGGGUUGCC